AUGCUUAGAGCUUUCAAACGUGCUAUUCCACCACGUGCACAAAUACUCAGGAGCAACGUUCCAUCAUUGAGGUGUAACUUUGUCAGAAUCCAAUCGAGAUGUUUUGCUACAGCAACAGACACCUUUUUGCAAGGUAACGAUGCCAACUAUGUUGAUGAAAUGUACCAACAAUGGAGACAGGAUCCUGCAAGUGUACAUUCAUCCUGGAAUGCCUACUUCACCAACAUUGAGAAGGAUGGCGUAUCGCCUUCAAAGGCUUUCCAAGCUCCACCCACUUUGGUUCCAACUGUUUCUGGUGGCACUGCUGGGUUUUACCCACAACAAUCAAAUGUCAACGAAGAUGUCGUUACUCACUUGAAAGUCCAAUUGUUGGUUAGAGCUUACCAAGUCAGAGGUCACCAAAAGGCAAAGAUUGACCCAUUGGGAAUCACCUUUGGCUCAAACGCUGACGUUCCAAAAGAAUUGACUUUAGACUAUUACCAAUUUAGCGAAAAGGACUUGGACAAGGAAAUCACAUUGGGACCCGGUAUUUUACCAAGAUUUGCCACUCAAGGUAAGAAAUCCAUGACUUUGAGAGAAAUCAUCAAGACUUGUGAGGAGUUGUAUUGUUCAUCUUAUGGUGUUGAAUAUGUUCACAUUCCUUCCAAAGAGCAAUGUGACUGGUUGAGAGAAAGAAUUGAGAUUCCACAACCAUUCAAGUACUCCCAAGAUCAAAAGAGACAAAUUUUGGAUCGUUUGAUUUGGGCCACUUCUUUUGAAACUUUUUUGUCAACCAAGUUUCCAAAUGAUAAGAGAUUUGGUUUGGAAGGUGCUGAGUCUGUUGUUCCUGCCAUGAAGGCUAUGAUUGAUACUUCUGUUGAAGAAGGUAUUGAAGAUGUUGUUAUUGGUAUGCCACAUAGAGGUAGAUUGAACGUGUUGUCUAACGUUGUUCGUAAGCCAAAUGAGUCUAUCUUUUCUGAAUUUACUGGAUCAAGAGAAUUUGACGAAGGUUCUGGUGAUGUCAAGUACCAUUUGGGUAUGAACUACAAGAGACCAACCACUUCUGGUAAACAUGUCAACUUGUCAUUGGUUGCUAACCCAUCACACUUGGAAGCUGAAGAUGGUGUUGUUCUUGGUAAGACACGUGCCAUCCAACAAUACAAGAAUGAUGUUGGUGAAUUCAAAAAGGCAAUGUCAAUCUUGUUGCAUGGUGAUGCUGCUUUUGCAGCUCAGGGUGUUGUUUACGAAACAAUGGGUUUCGCCAACUUGCCUGCUUACUCAACUGGUGGUACUAUUCAUAUUAUUGUCAAUAAUCAAAUCGGUUUCACUACUGACCCAAGAUUUGCUAGAUCAACUUUGUAUCCAUCUGAUAUUGCCAAGAGUAUCAAUGCACCAAUUUUCCACGUAAAUGCUGAUGAUGUGGAAGCAUGUACUUUUGUUUUCAACUUGGCAGCUGAAUGGAGAGCCAAGUACCACACUGACUGUAUUAUUGACCUUGUUGGUUACAGAAAGCACGGUCACAAUGAAACUGAUCAACCAUCAUUCACCCAACCAAUCAUGUACCAAGAAAUUGCCAAGAAGAAGUCUGUCAUUGACAUUUACACCAAUCAAUUGAUUGAAGAGGGUACUUUUACCAGAGAAGACAUUGACGAACACAAGAAAUGGGUUUGGAACUUGUUGGAAGAAUCGUUUUCAAAGGCAAAGGAUUAUCAACCAACUUCUAGAGAAUGGUUAACUACCCCAUGGGAAGAUUUCAAAUCACCAAAAGAGUUGGCCACCGAAGUAUUGCCUCAUUUCCCAACCGGUGUUGAUGAAGAUACCUUGAAAAAGAUUGGUGUUGCCAUUUCCGAAGCUCCAGAAGGUUUUGAAAUACAUAGAAACUUGAAGCGUAUUUUGAACCAAAGGAAAAAGGCUGUUGAAACAGGUGAAGGAAUUGACUACUCCACUGGUGAAGCAUUGGCAUAUGGUUCAUUGGCUUUGGAAGGAUAUCAUGUUAGAGUUUCUGGUCAAGAUGUUGAGAGAGGUACUUUUUCACAAAGACACGCUGUUUUGCAUGAUCAAAAAUCAGAAAAGACUUGGACUCCAUUGGCCAACUUGAGUGAAGAUCAAGGUGUGUUUAGCAUAUCCAACUCCUCAUUGUCCGAGUAUGGUGUUUUGGGUUUUGAAUAUGGUUAUUCAUUGACCUCACCUGAUGCAUUGGUUGAAUGGGAAGCCCAAUUUGGUGAUUUUGCCAACACUGCACAAGUCAUCAUUGAUCAAUUUGUGUCUGGUGCCGAAUCGAAAUGGAUGCAAAGAUCUGGUGUUGUUUUGUCAUUGCCUCAUGGUUAUGAUGGACAAGGUCCAGAGCAUUCAUCGGGUAGAAUUGAAAGAUACUUGCAAUUGUGUAACGAGGAUCCUCGUUAUUUCCCAUCUCCAGAGAAAUUGGAGCGUCAACAUCAAGACUGUAAUAUGCAAGUUGCGUACCCAACUACUCCAGCCAACAUUUUCCACUUGUUGCGUCGUCAAAUGCACAGGCAAUUUAGAAAACCAUUGAUUUUGUUUUUUUCCAAAUCAUUGUUGCGUCAUCCAUUGGCGAGAUCCAACUUGUCUGAUUUCACCGGUGACUCCCAAUUCCAAUGGAUUAUUCAGGAUGUAUUGGGCGACAAGUCUGAAGUCAAGAGACUUGUCUUGUGCACUGGUCAAAUCCAUGCUGCUAUGCACAAGAGAAGAGAACAAACCAAGGACAACUCUACUGCUUUCAUCAAGAUUGAACAAUUGAACCCAUUCCCAUUUGCUCAAUUGCGUGAUGCAUUAAAUGAGUAUCCAAACAUUGAAGAUUUGGUAUGGGCACAAGAAGAACCAUUGAAUAUGGGAGCUUGGUCAUUUGUGGAGCCAAGAGUUGAUGUCGUACUUGAAAAGACCGACAAGCAUGCUGGUUUGAAGUUGAGGUAUGCUGGUAGAGACCCAAGUGCCUCUAUUGCCGCUGGUACUAAGGCUAAGCACUUGGCUGAAGAAGAGGAGGUGUUGAAUGAAGUAUUCCAACACUAA